AUGUUGACAUCCGUGCAGUCCGUGAUGUCAACGUCGCCGUCACCACCAGCAAUCAUCACUACUAAAAAUACUACUACAACCACGUCACCAUCAUCAUCAUCAUCAUCAUCUUCUUCAUCAUCAUCUUUAUCAUCAACUACAUGUUUAUUAUCAUCAUUGACAACAACCACCAAAACGAACACAGCCAACACCACUGGACUGUAUCAAUUGACAUCAUCGGUUGCAUCGCUGCCGACCGGUUCGACAGAAGAAACAGCCGCAUCAAUCGCAGCACUCACAACCCAUUCGACGCAGCAGCAGCAGCAGCCGCAUCAGCAUACAUUAUCAAGGAAACUGGAUCAAGCACUUAACUCCGAAAAUUCCUCAAAAUCCAUCAGUUCUUCGUUGUUGUCGUCCUCCCCUACCUCCUUUGCAUCCUCAUCUUCGUCUCUGCUAAUCAAUCAUCUCACUAGUCCCCAUGCGGGACCGCAUGUUCGCUCUUGUAGCACUGAUGGAAUGAUGAAGCAACAGUUUGUACGUUAUGAUUCUAAUAAAAUGCCAACUGCAGUAGCAGCACAACCUUUGUGUAAAAGUGGCAUCAGCUCUGGUAGCAAGAAGCAACUCAACUCAUGCGUUACCCCAGCCUCAAUGGUCAAUGUAAGCGAUAUUGCAGCCGGGCUAGCUAGUGCAGUUGCCGCAGCCGUGGCAGACGCAGUAACCGUGGCAACAAUUGGACGCAAUUUGAAUUUAAACUUGAACAGCUACUCCCAACUGCGACAGCAAUUGGAAAUGCACAAUGACAAUGUUGCGGCUAGCCGCCAAAAUGGGAACAAUUGCACAUCAUCCCCGGAAACACUACCAGCAACGGACAGCCAAUUGAAGCAAUUUUUGAGUGGCACAGCCACGAAUACCAACAGUAGCGCAGGCAACAAUCAUCAGCACCAUCAUUCCCAGCAGUGUCAACAGCGUCGAGGUGCAGCGGUUUCUGCGAUAGACGGAAUCGAUAGCAGCACUCGAAAAUGUCUGCCAGCAUCGUCAUCCGAAAUUUGUCUUCGUUAAGAACCAGGAUAUGAUGAUAAAUGUGGCAUCCCAAAUCACCAACCGGAGGCAAAAUAAUGCAAUCGAAAUCCUGUGUUCCCCCACAUCAAAAUGGCAAAACGGAAAGAAAAAGCAGUUCUUUGCUUAGAAAAUCUAGUUUCAAGAUAGUCUCUCGUUAGUAGCAUUCUCUUAAUGGUAGUGCAUAUGUAUCGAUAAUAAAAACAAAACACGUGAGUAACAGAAGCAAAAAAGGUAACAAUUAAAGAGGAUUGGAGAAGUAACAGCAAUCAUUUUUGGAUGAGAGGCUUUAGCUGUUGGAAUUUGGUUAAUUUGGUUUUUGUUCAAAUUUCCCAAGAGGAAAUACGUUUUGCCAGUUCCGUUGGCAAAGCAAGCACACAAGCAAACAAAAUAUUUGACUAUAAAGUAGCAUGUUUUCUCCCGAGUUUUCUUCUCAAAUCGAAACACUUUUCGCCUUUGGGUACAAGCGCGCACGCAUGUACAGUUUUCCAAACACCCACCGCCAACAAGCAGAACAAUGGCAGAUAUCAAUGCAGCGCACUUUGCUCAAUCGAGGGAAGUGAAAUCAUUUUAAUUCAAAUAAAUUAAAUUAAUUUAUACAAUGUGAUAUUUUUUGUCUAUAUAUGUUAGCUAAUGUAAUAUAAAUGAUAAUGCAAAAAACAAACGACAAGAAACCAAUUGUGAGAGGAGAAAACCGCAACCUAUGAGGACAUCCGCGGAGAAAGCAUCAAAAUGAGUCCAUCUCUUUUCUUUUUUUAUCGAUUUAGACAAAAAGUAUCUAUCUAUUAUCCUACUGAGCAGUAAAAUAAACUAUCUGAAAAACAAAAAAUAACAAUUCAGACAUUACAGCAAAAUUGCGCAAAAUUACUCAAGUUGACAUAUAUUCUGGCGAGUUAUUACUUUAUUCAUUCUCUGUUUCUGUAUACACUCCUACUACCAUUCAUGUAAAAAGCUUAGUUUUAACCAGUAAACUUUGUUUAGUUGCAAGCUAAAUUAAAAAGAGCACCUCUAAAGUUAUGAGAGUUGGGUUCGUUCUUGUCAAGUUCUUUAUUUUACGAUCGACUACACUUAGGUAUUUUUAGUUAUCCCCAUCCAAGAUAGGUGUUCAAUUGCAAGUAAAUCAACGUGGAAAAAACAUACAUACAACAAACCUUGGCUAUAUCGUUGAAUGUAGUUAUUCGUUUUAGUCGCUACUUUUUAAUAAAAAAAACAUGGUAGGUAAAAAACACAAACAGCAAACAAAUCCGCAAAAAUUGAGUUUUUGCAUUAAUAAAAUAUCUAAGCCGAGAGAAGACAGAUGAAUUACUGAAUUUAUUCAAUGUCGAAAAUGAAGUAAUAUGGUAGACCCCAACCUGGAAGUUAAGCAACUGCAGAUGAAAAAAUUGACAUCAACAAACAAAAACUAAGAAUUGAUAUAAAGGCUAAAACGAUAAACAAAUAAAUUUAGUAGCUUCAUAUGUGAUUACAACUCUAUGAAUAACUAUUUCAAAAUACCGUAACAAUAAAAGAGA